AUGCCAUUACCAGCGAUCGCAAUGCCGGCGACAAGGCAGAGCCCACGUACAAGGAGGGUGGCGACCUGGUGGCAACGGAUAGCCCACGUAACGUGCAACAUCACCGAGCGCGUCGACCUGCUGCCCGACCCGAACGAUUUGUUCGUAGGCAGCCCCGCCCGUGGCCACGCCGAGCCAACCACAGCCGCAUCCCCUCCCUCCGCCGCCUCGCGUCGCGGCAGCCAGCAAAGAGCUCUCCCCAGUUCCCCGCCGGGAGCUCCCGCUCGACCCCCAAAAAUGCCCUCCGCCUCGCUCCUCCCCGCCACAUCCGCCGGGGCGCAGCCCUGCCCCACCCUAGCGCCGCCCCGCGGCCGGCGCCGAUGCUGCCGCGUUACGGCCGCCUCCGCCCCAUCGCCUUCCGUCGGCUUCGGCCUCGGCCGCCGGGCCGUCUCCCUCGCGGGCGUCGCCGCCUGGCUCGCCACUACCGCCGGCCGGGCAGAAGCCAGUCCGUUCGACAACUACGUCAAGAAGAAGAAGCUGGAGCCAUUGGAGACAUACGUCCCGGCUGUGCUGCUGACCCAAGACCAGUUCAGGGAUCUAGAGAAAUCCUUGGAAUUCGAGAAGCCAAGGUUUGAUGAGAGUAGAUCAUUGCUUCGUUCUGGUCCAGCAUCAUCACUACGUAUCAAUAUUCGAGCAGUGGCACAAUAUGCUUCUACUAAUGGCCAAGGCAAAACUGCCUCUGAUGCAGUCGACGAAUGCUUACGAGCGUUGGAAGAUCUCGACUCGCUGCUACUAAAGGCUUCACGGAAAGACUCGUCAGCAUCUGUUGAAGUCAUGAGGAGCAAAAUUGCUGUAGCCCUUGGAGCACUAGACAACCUCCUGCAAACCGUGCCAUCAGCUGUUAUGGAUAAAGGAAAGGCGAUUGCUGAUGCAUACAGGAGCCCUUCAGAUGGUUAUUAUGAAGAGGGUAAUGGCGCAGAGUUGGAUCCCAGCCUGAAGCAGCUGCAGGACAUUCUAUAA